CUGUUCCAACUACUAAUGCUUACUUUCUUCAAUCCACAUUAUGGUAAACACCUGAUUAACCUCUCAACAAAGAAUGGCAACCAUCAAGGUUGCCCUGGUUGGCGCAGCGGGUGAGACUGGGCAGUCAAUCGUGAACGGUCUUCUCGAAUCAGAACAUACAUUCCAAAUCUCCGCCAUCGUGCGACCCUCGUCACUAACCAAGCCCGCCAAUGUUGAUCUUCAGAACCGCGGUGUAAACCUCAUCUCUGCGUCUCUCACAGGACCGCAAGAUGAGCUAAUCAUUGCCCUAAGUGGCCAUGACGUUGUAAUAUCAACAAUCAGCUUUGCAAGUAUCGAACAGGAAAUCCCGCUUGCCAAUGCCGCCAAACGUGCCGGUGUAAAGCGGUUUGUGCCCUCUGGUUGGGCACCUGUUAUCCCCCCCGCUGGAGUCAUGGUAGCUCGAGAACUUAAGGAGAAAAUCCUCAGCCAUGUCCUCAUGCUAGGUCUCCCGUAUACCUUCAUUGACGUCGGAUGGUGGUAUGAGGUUACACUCCCGCCGGUUCCAUCUGGUAGACUUGAUUACUGCAUAAUUCCAAGUCUGAAGCCAACCUGGGAUCUUGGGUUGGAUGGUAAUGUGUCAAGUGCGAUGACGCAUGUCGGGGAUAUAGGGAAAUGGGUCGCAAAGAUCAUUGCAGAUCCGCGGACGCUGAAUAGAAAGGUGUUUGCGUAUAAUGAGGUUUUGACGAGGAAUCAGGUAUAUGAUAUUCUGGAGCGGCGCAGUGGUGAGGAGAUGGAGAGGCGUUAUGUUUCUGAGGAAGAGGCUAUCAACACAGUUCAGACUCUCACGGAAGCUUGGAAGCAAAGUCCAGGAGAUAUAAAUGCUGGGUUUGCUUUGGCUAUGGGGGAGUAUUUCUAUUCGUGGGGUAUUCGGGGCGAUAAUCGACCUGAGUUCGCCAAAUAUCUAGGGUACUUGGACUGCAGGGAGCUCUAUCCGGAUCAAGUGUCGUAUAGAUCAUUUGAUGAAUAUGUGCAAGAGGCGUUGGAGGGAAAGGCCAAGAGGGUGCUGAAGGAUUGGUGAUUGAUAUACUUGUAACUUUGUUGAGCGUCUUCUGUCA